UAUUUGUUUUGCUCGUUUCUGCUACUGGAAUCAGGAAUUUACAGGAAAACUUGGGUUUUUACUGAUAUUACUUUCUACGCCUCUGCCUGUUAAUCGAAAGAAUUUCUCGGAAAUUUUUCUUUGUUAAAGGCUGUCAUUCUAUGUGAAAUAAUCAAGUUAAUUCUGCCAACAACCACAGUCGAGAAAAAUGACGACUGAACUCGAGGACGAGAAUUACGUGAUCCAAAUUCGUGCAAAAUUGAACCAGCAAAAAGUCAAACUCUGGGAGCUCCCGUUUUUUAACCCAACUUCAGGAGAAUGUGUUGAGUCAGAACUGGAGAAAUUGGCAAACUCAUUUCACGAUGAGCUGAAAAUAUCCUUCAAGGAUUGUUUGAAUGUUAUCCGGAAGUUGCAGCAAAAUGCUUUAGAUAAACUGAAAAGCAAGGAUGAAUAUCUCAAGACCGGCAUCGCCACUCUGCGCAUUCGUACGCCAACGCAAGGCUCGUCGAAUCGGCAUUUCGACGUGAAGGUCAAAUCCACUGGUAAGGGAUCCGACCUGGCGGCAUUGGUGGCUGAAAAGCUUGGGCUCGAUGACCGAAUGAUCAAGUUGGUAUGCGCCGGCAAAGUAGUGAACCCUGAGCGAAUUCUUGCAGACCAGGGUGUUACCAAUGGAGCCACGGUAAUGGUUCUGGUGUUGACUCAGAGUCAGGAAACUGCUCAACAGGAACACAAAACUUUCGAUAGAGUUCAUAGAAUACGAACGGAUGCAGAGCUAAUUAUUAACGAAAAUGACCAUUCGGAUUUUCUGAGCUUGGAAGAUCAGGAUGGAAACGCUAUACAUCUGCCAAGGGCUGAGAAGAAAGCUCUGCUGAUGGCAUUGACGUUAUACGAAAAAGGUAAAGUAGCGCUUCGCAGGGAAAAUUUCGAGGAAGCAUUGCUACUGUUUCUCGAAGCGGAUAGCGACUUUCGCAUGUGCAAUUCCCAACUGUUGACGGUUGUGGACAACUAUGCGCUCCUCAAUCUAGACAUCGUUUGGUGUUAUCUGUGCUUGAAGAAUAUAAAUCAGCUCCCUGAUGCAGAGCAGCGCAUAAAGCUGUGUGAGGAAAAGUUUCAUCAAAGCUAUGGUGAAAAUAUGAGACGCGUAACGGCCAUUAAAGGAACUCAACAAUGCAACGAAAAGGCGCUUUUGUUGAGACUCCAUCUUUUGAAAGCAGUGCUCUUAUUUCAUCAGAAUAAACGAGAAGAUGCCGAAACAAUGUUUCAAAUUGUUGAAACUGAGUUGCAAUCGUUGAAAAUCGAUGACGGUUGUUUGACGAAGCUUUUGGAGUUUGGAUUCGAGCUCACCGAGGCACGGAUAGCUCUGCGUGCUUGCUCCAACAAUGUGGAGGUUGCUAUCGAAUUUAUAAACAACCGCCGCGAAACUGUUUCUAAAAACGAGAAAAAAUCAAAGCGUGAAAGAAAUUUAUACCGUAAAAUCGGACACAACUGUGAUGACUGUCGCAUCAACAUUGAACUUGUUGAUCAACUAGUAGAAAUGGGAUUUCCGGAAACUUUAGCUGCCAUAGCUUUAAAAAGAUCUGCAAACGACUUACUAACAGCGCUGAAUGAACUUCAACUUAAACAAAGUGAUCUAAAGCGGGAGUUGGUGGAAAAAAUAGAACCAUGUUCGGAGCUUAUCGAUAAACUUGUCGAUUUAGGCUUUCAUAAGGAAGCUGCCGAAACAGCACUCAAACAAACGACCAACAAUUUUGAAGAGGCAGUUGAAUUUCUCAUAAGUGCAAAAAACAAUAACGUUUAUGAUGCUCUGCUUGGUGAGAGCAACGAGCUUGAUCGUCCGUCCACAUCGUCAUCCACUGAUAACAGCUCCACAGACGAUGGUUCUACCAAAAACUCUUCCAGCAAAAGUUCCGACGAAAUUGGGGGUUCGGAAGAGCAAGCCGGUCCCUCUCGCAAGAGGUCCAAAAAUACUACCAAUAACGCCAAAAAGGAAAUGAUGGACAUUUUAUACAAGAGUUUUUCCAAAGAUAUGGAUACCAGCAGUGAUACGUACCUGGAUCUGCCGCUACAGGAAGAAGCGACAAUUCUGGCUGAAUACAAGAAGUUACUGAAUAUGCAAUAAUUCAGGACCCUAUUGAAAUGUGCAUCAAUUUUAUAUGUAGGUUUCAAAUUUUAAAGGAAUAUAAUUAUUGUCCUAUUUUUUUUUUUAAAUUGUGAUGAAUAUUAAUAUGUUUUAUCAUAUUGAGCAAUAUAUUUAGCGUGAUGCAAAAACGA